UGCAGGUGUGACAGGAAGUGGUGUGAUAGUUGUUGCAUCCGAGAGUCAAAAGGAAACUCAGUCACAGCUCGAAGGCGACUCACGAGGAGCACUCAGGGAGCCUCAGGUGCAUGUUUGCCAGGUAACCCAGGUGACAAAAUCACCUCCGAUAAUAGGCGCGUGGAGGAAAGAGAGUAAACAACAAGGAGAGGUUGGUCGGGAUCUCAGUCUUUGCAUCGUGAUUGUGAAGCAUCCCACAUGACCGCUGUCGAUCACCAGGACUUCCUGUGUGGUUCUUCUCCCUAUGACCUACUUGGCCCACACAGCCCACGCCCAGCUCGCCGCCUUCGGGGUGAGCUGCGUGGGCUGGACUCUCACCGCUGUGGCCCUUGGACUCAUCCCGUGGAGGGUUUGGCUGGUAUCUGACAGUGAAGUCAUCCCCUCCGGCGUGGCCUGGGUGGGCCUGUGGAGGGCCUGCUUCAAUACCCACACCAUGGUCACCCCUGGCUUCAGGGUCAUGCACUGCAAGUACAUCGGUCUCUCCGAGGCCUUCACGCCACCAGAGAUUGGGGCAGGUCAGAUUCUCAUGGUCCUGUCUCUGGUGGUGGGCAUGUUUGGGAAUGCCGGUGGUGUGUACGCCUUGAGGAACAUCAACCUUGACGUUGAGAGAGUCCGCUUAUCGUUCCUCGCCGCUGGAGGUCUGUGUCUGCUGGCUGCUGCGAUGUCUCUCAUUCCUCUGCUGUGGAACCUGAGCUCAGUGGUGACCAAUCAGACCAUCGCGUUCCCACAGGACUUCAAAAUGCCCCAAGCGCCUAAUUCGCAGCAUGUGGGGCCGGGCAUCGGGGUCGGGCUGGUGGGAUCGAUUCUGAUGGUAAUCUCUGGGAUUAUAUUUUGUAAAUACAAGCUACCACGGAAGCCACUCCAGAAAGAAGAGGUGCACCCGGAGGGCCGCGGGGCCAGAGAUAACCUCGCGUUUGAGUCUCUCGAACACUUGUGAGACAUUUGAGAGAUAUUCACGAUUUCACACGAGAGCACAGAAAUCUUAACAAUUGCACAGGAACACUGAACUGUGAUUUAUUUCUGCACCACAAACAAAGAGACAUGAGCCCCAAGUUUUGGUUUGAUGUGGAUGAAACCAACUGAAAUGCGGCCGCCACAGUCCUUGUACGUUUACUUGAAGCUCUUACUUACUUCUAGCUCUUAUUUGUACCCAAAUGUUUAAAUGCACUUAUUGUAAGUCGCUUUGGAUAAAAGCGUCUGCUAAAUGACAUGUAACAUGUAACAUAUCGAUCUCUUUUCUAAGUUGUUAUUAAGCUGCAGAUCAGUUGUAAUACUUUAUGUAUGAUUCAUUGUGUGGUUGUAACGCAUUGGUACGGCUCGUCAUUUAAAUAAUUAAUUAGUUAAUUAGUUCAAAUAUGGUAGAUGUUGUACACGCAUGUGUUUAUGUAAUUGUCAUCAUGUCCAUCUCAGUACAUAAAUAAAGUAAUGUUAAAAAUG